UGAAGCUCACCUCCAGGCACAUUCUUAGCAUUUAGUGUGUGCUACCCUGAGCCCCAAGAGCCUGGAAGGCAGGUGCUUCCACUGCCCCAUGUCACAGGGGAGCGAGAGGUCUGAUGUCCUGCCACAGUCCUGUGACAGGCUGGACAGGCAUCUUGCUGGCCGACCUGGCCCAGCCCCGGGGGCUGCCCUUGCCCCUUUUCUCCACAGCUAUGCCGGCUUCUACCCUCAACUGCGAUACCAGGUGGGGAAUACCUAUGGCCGUACCACAGCACAGCUGCUCACAGACCCCAGUGUGCACAAGAGCCCCUGCUCCGUACUGUCACCCAUGUCCAAGCCCAAGUUCAUUGAGGACUUCAGCAAGCCCAAGGCCCCCUGGAUCCCCUGUCGGGACCUGAAUGAGCCCUACAUCCCCCACCACUCUGGUAAAGGCCAGCCUCCCAGCCCUGCCCUCUCCUGGCCUCAGCCUUCUCUCCACUUGGCUCACUGAGUGCCCUGUCUGGACAGGUCCGAAGCCCUACAGGAACCUGGAGGCCCUGGGCCAGCUCCCAGCCCAGAAGGCAGAAACCCUGGGACAACCAGGGCUAGAGGACAUAACCAAACAGGCUCCAAUGCCUGCAGGCUCCAUGCCCUCUCCUCCCUACCCACCAUGCCCACCCGGCAGGAAAGGAGACUCCGGAGACCUAGGACACCCAGGCCUGAGGCUGGCAUACGGGGAAGAGGGCUGGAAGAGUCCCAUCCCUGUCCAUGAGAGCCCAGGGCGGUACCAGCUGUACCGCAGUGGGCGAGAAGAGUGUCCACCCUCACCCCCCCAGCAGGAGACACUAGAUGUGGGAAGGUUCCAGCGGUUACCCCAGCUGGACCACUCCAACCUCAUCCAGCGAAAGGCCAUCUCAGGCUAUGCUGGCUUCGUCCCCCGGUUUGCCUGGGUGAUGGGGACAAAUUAUCGCGAUGGAGUCACCCAGGCCAUGGACGAGUUUGAUAAGAAUCAGUUCCUCUUCAGAAAUCCAGUCUGCGCCCUGGGAGAGAGGCUACCCAGAAACCACUGGCCCAACACCACCGUCUACAGGAGCCAGGGCCUGAUUCCCUUCUACAUGGGCUUCAUUCCCUCCAUGCAGGAUAACUACGCACUGACAUUUGGCAACAGCACCCGGAAGGCCUAUCAGAAGGAACUGGAACGGCAAAGCCUCACCACACUAUGAAAAUGCUUUAAUGGUGUCUGUACAACACAUGAUGUCAAG